UGUGCCCCACAAUGUUUGUCUUUACGCUGUGCUUUACCAGUACGAUGAUGUGGGCUUCAACAGGAGAGCCUAGUUUGACAGGGUAGUUUUCCGCCAUAUGGCAGCAGAGUGGGUGAAAUUCUGUUAUUCGUGGCUGCUGUUGUGGUUCUGCAUCCGGGCAUCCGAGUCCAGAAACACUCGACGCUCUCUGGACAAUGACCUCCUGCAGCCUUACACUCAGGGUCACGGCCCCGCCCACUCUCACCGCCACGUCCGGGACUGUCAGGCCCUCAUUAAUGACAACGCCACCUAUGAGAGCCAUACCCCCCACGGCCGAAGCAGUCAGCCCGUUGCUGAGUCGAAGGUGUUUGUGACGGAUGUGGAGAAAGGCACCAGAUGGGUUCUUGGUCACAUGACUGUGGUCCACGACCCGCUGAAGAUGGUGUCUGUGUUGGAACCAGGAGGGCCGGGUGGCUGCGAAAUGAAGCUCAGGGUGUCUGUGGAGGACACGGCUAAAGCUGCAGGGUGUCUUUACGCCCAAAAUGGUGGAUUCUUCAAGACAAAGUCAGGGGAGUGUCUGGGGAACGUGGUGAGCAGCGGCAGGCUGGUGCAGGACAGCAACGGGGUGCAAAACGCCCAGUUUGGAAUAAGGAGAGAUGGCACCCUGGUGUUUGGGUAUCUGUCGCAGAAAGAUGUUUUAGAUCAGUCCAACCCCUUUGUUCAGCUGGUCAGUGGAGUCAUUUGGCUGCUGAGGGACAGGAAGAUAUUCAUCAAUGAGAGUCUGCAGGCGGAGUGCAGUGAGACCGAGGAGACAGGGUCAUUGAGGUAUUUUGCGGAUGUGGUGUCGGCCAGAACCGCAGUGGGCCACGACGAAGAGGGAAGACUGAUCCUCUUUCAAAUUGAUGGUCAAACAGAAAAAAGAGGGAUGAAUCUCUGGCAGGUAGCAGAGUUCCUGAAGGACAACGGAGUGGUCAAUGCCAUUAACUUGGAUGGAGGCGGGUCUUCUACCUACGUGGUUAAUGGCUCUCUGGCCAGCUACCCCUCUGAUCAUUGCGCUUCCGACAGCAGGUGGCGCUGCAGCAGAGAAGUCUCCACUGUUCUGUGUGUUCAUCAGCCUCUAUGCCAGCCGGCAAACUGCAGUGAACACGGUGAAUGCGUUGACGGACGCUGCCGGUGUGAGAAGGGCUGGCGGGGUGCAGCCUGUGACACCCUGGUGUGUCAGCCCCCCGCCUGCGGACCCCACAGUCUCUGCACAGCCAGUGGUUGUAUCUGUGAUGCUGGAUGGAGAGGGACAAACUGCAGUGAAGCAUGCCUCCCAGGUUUCUACGGCGACGGCUGCACCAAAACCUGCUCUUGUUUUAACAACGGCUCCUGUGAUCCUGUCAACGGUCGCUGUGUCUGCCCUCCUGGUUUCCAUGGUGACACGUGUGAAAAAGCGUGUCCUUUGGGUUUCUUCGGUGCAUCUUGCGCUCAGGAGUGUCGAUGUGACGACUUGUGCCCAUGUGACCCGCAGACAGGAAGCUGUAACACCACAUUACCAGUAGACACCAAUUACACCUUACACAGAGCUGGACGAUGCCUGGCCAAGCAGAUUUUUACAUCCUGGAGACAAGAAGAAGAAUCUCACAGAGAGCAGCCUUAUCUGACAGAGCGAUCAUGGCUGGUCAUCACCCUCGUCCUCACUUGUCUCCUGUUGGCCAGCCUGAUCAUCUCAUGUCACCAGGUGUGCCACAGAUCAGUGACAUCGCGCUUCCCUGAGCGAAAGGAUUACUCCUACGUACCGCUACGGGACAUCAACGGAGCCCCUUCACGCGCCGCAGAAACUAGGAAGGGGAGUUUGGGAGUGGAGGACUCUGAUUCCCAGGAUGAAAUCUGGUCUCCGUCACACUCAGGGAGGUCGUAGCUGCCUGGAAGAUCGAGGAUGAGCAGUGAGAGCACUGUUAUUGCACAAAAACACUCACUUCACGUUCUGCCACCAAUACGGGAAUGCUGAUGUGAAACACGACAAAGCCCAACAGUUUUACAACAUUCCUCACAUUAAACAUUUCUUCAGUCUUUUGGCAGAA